ACAUUGCGCAGAUACGCAUGGCAAACUCAAGGGCAACCACCAGGUUCAACCGGAAGUAUGGGACGACCAGGAACCGGAAACUGGAAUACUGAAACUUUCAUUGAAGGGAGUUACGUAGGAGAUAGAUUUAGUCCGACGCCGAGUUAUGGAAACGAAGGUACACGUAAGCCUAAUGGUUAUGCUUACGGUAGUUCUGGAGGAUAUGGAUAUGGUAAUAAUGGAGGAUAUGGUUUUAAUCGACCAUCUGGCUAUGGAGGAAUUUCAGGGACAUUAGCUAAUGGAGAUGAAUUCGGAUCUGUGGAACCAAACUACCCCGAAAUAAACGCCCCUGCGCAUCCAAAUCUUCAAACGCAAAAAGCUGUAGCUUUAAAAGCUUUAGCAGGUGUUGCCUUAAUUGCAACGGCUGCUGCAUUAGCAACAAAUCCUGUUCUUCUUCCACUUGGCGCUGUAUCAGGGAGAAGAAAGCGAUCGAACUCGGAUAUUGAAAAUAAAGAUCAGUUUCUGGAUAAUUUAAUUCGCGGACGAAUUUUCGAGAAAAGUCUUAUCAAG